UAAAGUUAAAGCUAAGAGUGGCUGAAGCUCAGUGGAUUUCCAGUUAAUAAUAAAAGAAACACUUAGAGAAAAUGAGCUCAACGGGGAAAUUCCAGGAGAUGGAGAAGUUUCUGAAGAGCGUGGAUGAAAUAAGUGAGCUGCUGAUGAAUUUAAACUCAUCUGAUGCUGAAAUCAGACAGAAGGCGAUGAUGCAAGCUGAAUCCCACACGGCCGCCUCAGAAGAACCCUGUAGGACAAAAGUUAACAGCACCGCAAUCAACACGAGGUCAUCGCUGCAGCUGUCCACGACUCUGCAGAACAAGAGUCCAGAGGGUUUUAUGAGGAUGUUAGAAAGAGACGCCGAGGACAGGAGACAGAGACGGACGGCCAGGGAACAGAAGGCACUCGCAUUCAAAGAGAAAGGGAAUGAAGCCUAUGCCCAGGAGGACUACGACAGUGCAGUGAAGUAUUACAGCCAUGGACUGGCUGAGCUACGGGACGUGCAGCAGUUGUACACCAACCGUGCCCAGGCUUACUUCAAACUGAGGAAGUACAGGGAAGUCAUCAUUGACUGUGAAUGGGCCUUGAAGUGUAAUGAGAGGUGCACAAAGGCCUACUUACAUAUGGGCCGAGCUUAUCUGGAACUAAAGGAAUAUAAUGAGUCAAGACGCUGCUUUGAAAAGAUAUUGGAGAUCGAACCAAGAAGAAAGGAAAUGGUGACAGAAUACCUGACCCAGGUAGAUUUGACGCAGGAGAGGGAGACUCAGGAAAUAAAUGCAAGGCAAGAACUUGACAGUGGAGAGGGACAGGGCACGGCGGUGCCGCAGUGGCUCCAGAUGCUGUCACGGCCUGGUCAGACGCCGCUCUCCUUCCACGGAGGAUUGCAGAUUUUGUCGGAAGCUGUUGCUGACUGUACAGGGCGGACGCUUUUCCGGCUGCACAAUGGUUUCAGUAUCAUCAGCAAGAAUGACACAGUGAGGAGUUGUCUUCUGCAGAAAACAAAGGACCAGAUCAGCCAGGAGUUGUGUGUGUCUGUUCUGAAACUGUGGAGGAUUGCUUGCAACAAAAAUGAUGAAAAUCAAAGGAUGUUGCUGGAGAUCCCGCUCACCAGAGAGGCCGUCGAUGGUUUAGUGGCAUCACAGCAUGUUGCCACACGUACACAGUGUCUACUGCUACUGCAUAUGAUCACCCAGACGACACGUGGGAGAAGUUUGGUCAUCAAAAAUCUGAACGUCCACAUGUUAGUGAGGAACCUCAUGGUGUGCAUCUCGGAGCAGCAGCAGAACAUGGCAGCCGACAUCCUGAAGAACCUCGCAGCAGAAAACAAAUUUUGCUGUCAGUUAAGGGACGUGCCGAAAGAUGUCAUCAAGGAGCCAUUGACAGCAAUAUUGAGAAAGAUUACUAAAUCCAACUGUCAUGUUAUUGCACCCGUGAUUUCAAUCAUUGGCCGCCUGGCUGAGGAUGACAUCAUCCGUCACAAUCUUGCUAACGAUUCUGAGUGUUGGACAUCAUUGGCGAUCGCAGUUACACAGUGCAGAGCAGAUGAGUUCAAACACAUCCUUUACUGCAUACUAGGAUUAAUGGUCGACCUUUCCACCGUGACUUCCCCUGUCCUACAGGAGCACGCUGUCUCAGUCUGCCACUGCUGUCAGGACUUGCCGAAGGACACGGAUGGAGGAGUCAUAACUAGGGCCGCCGGUGUACUGAGCAAUGUCCUGCCACAGUCGCCCCAGGCUGUUCAGCACGUUGUACAGCAGGGUGUGGUUCGCACCAUGUGUUGGCUACUGAAGGGACAAGGCCAACCCGCCACUAAAUAUGCCAUUAAGACUCUGACAGUGUGCACCGCUGCCAGUCAGUCGGCUCGGGAGGAGCUGGUGAAGUCUGACAAAAAAUUGUCCGUUUUGCGUCAUUUGCUGGGAUCCGCCAGUGACGACGAGGUGGUGACGGGGAACGCUGCCCUCUGCCUGACCCACUGUCUCCAGCUGGAUGGAGUGGCCUGCAGACUCUUGGACACAGAUGUCGUGCUGCUGCUCUUACGCCACGCUGCAGGAAAUGCAAAGAAGACAGGAGUGCAACGGAACGCAGCCAUCGCUCUGGGGGCGCUGUGUCGAUCAGAGCCCAGACAUGUGGACAAACUUCGUGAGCUUCACGGCUUCGAAGUUCUUCACUCCUGCAUGAAGCUCAUCCCCUCAACCUGACAGAGAGGCAGACGCCAAUCAUCCAUAACAUUAUAACUAUCGACAGUUGAAGUGACACGUAGGAAUAGGUGGGAUAUUUAUAGCAGCAAGUUGACAUCAAGUGCUGACUUUGUGCUUCUCUUUAUAGAAAUAGUAUUCCCUGGUUGGCAGCUGCCAGUUUCAGUUGGCUAAUGCACCCUACCUAGCUGCAAAAAAAAAAAAAAGUGGAAAAAGUAGCAUUAAACACACAAAGUUUGAGGCCUGGAUUUGCUCUGCAACUUCCCCAUGGAUCAGUCCAAGUGAGUCUCUGUGAAAUUUGCUGGAUGAACAAGUUCAAUCCACUUCAGAACUCACAGGACUUCAAGAAAGUGUUUUCAUGGCUUAGUUGUUGGUGCUUUGAGUCAUAUCUAAAUCUUCACAUCGUUGUUGUGGCUGCAAAGACAGAGCCACUCACCCUGAGGCUGAGGGUUGAUCAUUUUUAUACGGUGAAGUUUAGUUUUCCUUCUUUCUUGUUUUUGCUGUUCAAUAAUUCAGAUAUGGAUUUUUUUAAACAAAUAAUAUAUAUUUUUAAAUCUAAGCAUGUGACACCAGAGAUAAAAAUCAUGAAAAUUAAAUGUCUGACUCUUUCAUAACAAUUAGGAAUUAUUACUGUAUUAUUACAAUAAUGACUCUCUAAUAGUUCUUAAAACACUCAGUUGUAAACAUUCAGUUGUAGACCGUCCUGCUCUGACACAGACUGGGCCGCUGACCUUAUGUUGAUGCCUGCACAAAUGCAUUUUGGGGGUUAGGAUGGUGUUUAAAGCAUGUGGUGCCUGCUGGAAUAAAAACAAUGUGUAUAUCAUGUCUGAACAAUCAGUGUAUUCAAGCAUUGAUAGGUGGUCUAGUUCAGUGUUCCCCAAACUUUUUUUUUCUGACCCAUAUUUUAAAAGUCAAUAGACAUUAUUCUUAAACUCCUGUGAAACAUGAUGCGAGACGAACCAAAAAAAAAAACUCUUUUGACGCACCAGAGGGUCGCAACCCAGUCUUUGAGAAACAAUGGUCCAGUUAGUGGGUCAAGUCAUGAAUUCUGACUGCCCUGACAAAUAUAACAAUAAUUAAACAUUUAUAACACGACGCAUUACUAUACACUAUCUCUUUCUAGUUGUUUUUUAAUGACAGUUCAUGAGAAAGAGAAAUGUUUUGUUUGAUUGUUUUCAAAUCAAGUCAGAUGAUGUGUUCCAACAACUGUCACGGCAGAUUUGCCUUUGUGAAAUGAAAAUAUGAUUGGUCACGACACAGAAAGAGUAACUAUAGAGAAAGUACACACUCUCACAUGCUGCAGUGGCCGUCCCUGCCAAGUUUUUAAGGGAUG